AUGCGGACGCUCUAUAUCCUCGGGUUCAUCGCGAGCCAUAUAUCGCUAGCAGUCUCUCAGUCCGCCGUUCCCCCAUCCCAGGAUUCCUGGUAUACUCAGCCCUACGACAUCGACCAGUAUUACCCGGGGCAGAUGAUUCGCACUCGCCAAGUCUCCAACCGAUUGCAGUCAUUGCUAGCUCUUCCGGUGGAUGUGUCGGUUGAGACCGUUCAUCAGUACAUGUACCGGACUACGGAUAGUCUAGAUAACCCCGUUGCGGCCGUGACUACGUUAAUGGUUCCAUUCGAUUCGGACCCGACAAAGCUACUCGCUUAUCAGACGGCCUACGACACAUCAAAUGCCGAUUGUAGCCCCUCCUAUGCGCUGCGCUAUCGAUCUUUCCUAGACGGCACAACAUCGCUUCUCAACAGCACCGCACCGAGUGACAUGCCUCUACUAGCCACAGCCUUAAACCAAGGAUGGUGGGUCCUCACCACCGACUACGAAGGCCUCGACGGCCACUACGUCGCGGGGAUAGAAUCCGGCCGAAGCACGCUGGAUUCCGUGCGGGUCGUGCUCACCGAGGGACAAAAGAUCGGUCUUUCCCCGGAUGUCCGAUACGCCAUGACCGGGUACUCGGGGGGCUCACUCGCCUGCGGAUGGGCCGCGGAGCUGCAGCCCUCGUACGCUCCGGAGCUGGACUUCGCGGGCGCCGCGCUAGGCGGAACCAUUGCCAACGUGAGCUCCGCGCUGCGUCUCAUCCACGACGUUCCCUUCGUGGGACUCGCGUUCCAAGGCAUCAAUGGCCUGUCGAAGGCGUAUCCGAACCUGACCGAGUGGCUGGACGCGAACCUGAUCCCUGAGAAAAAGGACGAGUUCUAUCACAUCGCCAGCGCGUGUAGCGUGCCCGAGACGGCCGCAAGGGCGGGCGGUCAGGAUAUUUUCUCGUAUUUUGUGAACGGCGAGGACUCCAUCUCGGAGGAUGUUCCGGCGUCGGUGCUUGAGUCGGCGGCGCUGAUGGGCGUGCAUGGGACGCCGACGAUGCCGUUGUUUGUGUACAAGGCUGUGAAAGAUGAGAUCAGUGCCGGGGAGGAUACGGAUGAGUUGAUUGACAAGUAUUGUGACGAUGGGGCGACGAUUGAGUAUCAGAGGGAUUUGGUGGGAGGGCAUCUCACGGAGGCUAUUACUGGGUCGGCGAGUGCGUUCAAUUGGAUAGCGGAGCGGUUGGAUGGCAAGACGGUGGAUCAUGAAGGAUUGUGCAUUAAGCGCGAUGUUCUACUCACGGAGCUGGAUAAAGGCACGAUUGCGUUUUUCGGGAAGGAGGUGUUUACGUUGUUGAAAGUUACGUUGGGAGGGAUGUUAGGAAAAUAG